GAUGCAUGCGGUUGGGCGAAUGGAGUGCCGCGAGAUUACGAAAUCGGAAGAGAGAAAGCGAGAGAGAAAAUGAGAGAUGAAAAUCAUUCAGUGUGAGCCGCGACCAUGCUGCGGACGGUACUGCUGAGCUUUCUCCUCCUCUUGCCCCUCGGCACUCUCGGGGUUUCGCUACACGAUAUCGUAAAGCGAGACGCGAAAGACCACCACGCUUGGAACUAUGAAGACAAAACAGGUCCAAAGCAUUGGCCGGAGAUGUACAAAAAAUGCGGCGGCUCCAGGCAGUCCCCGAUCGACAUCGUGAACAGUGAAGUGGAUCACAAUGAUGAACUGGACGCUUUCGUGUUCGACAACUACGACGACCCUCUGGAAGACGCCGUUAUUGAGAAUAAUGGGCACACGAUUCAAAUCAGUCCAGGACCCAAAGACGCCCCCAGGAUUAUUGACGAGGGUGGCAUGGACGACAAAUAUCAGUUCUUACAACUGCACUUCCACUGGGGCGCUGACAGCAAGAGGGGUUCCGAGCAUCUGAUCGACGGACAGAGGUUCCCAAUGGAAAUGCAUCUGGUACACAUGAACACAAAUUACAAAACAAAAGAAAAGGCAGUCCAUAAAGAAGACGGGCUCGCUGUACUAGCAGUUCUUUUCAAGCUGUCCGACGAAGACAAUCCUGCUCUGGAGCCCAUCAUCGACAAACUGGACGACAUCCGACAGGAGGGCAGCAAGGUCGAAAUGGACGACUUCACUCUGGAAUCCCUCAUUCCCGACGACCUGAUGCCUUAUUAUCGUUACAAGGGAUCCCUGACCACACCCCCAUGCUACGAAAUCGUAACUUGGACCAUUUUCAAAGACUUCGUUCCAAUCAGUGAGAAACAGCUGCAACAAUUCCGAAAUGUCAAAGAAGAAGACGAGGGCGAACCAGAAGAAUCUCUGGUGGACAAUUUCCGCCCACCCCAGCCUCUGCACGACAGGGUCAUCGAAGUGUCCGGCGAGGGUAACGCGGCAGGAAUCCUCGGACCUUCAGUCUUCGUGGUCCUGACUGCUCUCUCGUUCCUGCUUUGAGGAACCAACCACCGACUAGAUGUACCAUUAUAAUAUAGAGGGCAGCACAACUCGAACAAGGACGAUUCAUUUUUAAAUAUGGACACUGGCGGGAAAUUUAAGCCCUUUUUCUUUGGGCAAAGUUCUAAUGGAUGAGUUUUCAAUCCAUGAUUUUUGGCCAUCGACUCCGGCAUGAUAAUCUUCUGGUUAAAGCAAUCGCGAAAUCCCCUUGACUGCUAUUUCGAACUCUAAGUUCAAAUCGGUUCUUUAUAUCAUGAAUUACUUUCGUCUGGUCGUUUCUUUAAAUAGUAAUUAAGUUUGUUCAUUAUCAAAAUGUGCGCUGUCAAAAGCAGUAAUAGUAAUCUUUCCAUCAAAGCAAGACGAAAGUGAGAAAACGUUUUGGAUAAAAACCCAUAGUUAAAGAAAUAAAUAUCAAAAAUUUAAGUUUAAAUAAGUUUAGUUUUUUAAUAUUCUUUAAUAUGUCUAAGCAGAGGGAUAAAAAUUAGAAGUUUUCUUCGAACUAAACAUUAAACCGGAAGUUUGCCUGGGAAACCGGAAGUUUGAUGGGUCGCUUUUAAACAGAACGGAAAUAACUUGUCUAUUUCAUUCAAUUAAUUCUUUAUCGUCUUAAAGUAUCUGGAUGUGGCCUCUCUCACACACUCUUAUUCUUUACUUUCUCUUAUUAUCUUUUUCGUUUUAUUUAAUUGGAACAUUAUGGGAAUAGGUCCAUUGUGUUAAGUACAAUUAAGAAUGAACGUCCGAAGUUUGAGUUUUGCUGUCGGUUUAUUUCAGAGGCCAACUUUUUUGAACAGUUACAGAAUCGCGGUUUGAAGGGCAAAAGACUCUGAAUAAUAGACUGUGCAAUAAUGUUUUGAAUCAUUUUUCUUUUUUCUUCUUUAUUUUUUUUUUGUUAUAUAAAAGGUUACCUUUAGAUCUUUUUUUGGUUUUGAAAUGGUUAUGCUGGAUUCCUGCAAGUGUUCUUAUUUAAAAAUUUCAGGUAUUUUUCAAGGGCAUAUCAUAUAAAAUGGCAUUUAAAGAAGAACAUUCAAUAGAAAAAUGUAUCAAUGGUAAGCAACUAAUUAGUACUUAUCAGGGCUUCUUAAAUUGUGGGUUGUGACGCCAAAAUAUACCACAUAUUAGAAUAUUAGUUACAAAUAUUUUCACGGCACUUUUUCUUUCUCUUUUUCAAAAUUCAUAGCAUUUGAAAGCAAAAAAUCAUUUCAAAAAUCAUUUCGGCACAAAACAGUGAAUAAAAAAAAUUGAACGCUGAAUAAUUAUUUUUAUAUAUUACUAAUUAUUUCUUCUUCUUUCUUAUUACGACAAAAAAUUUUAUCGUUCCAAAAAAUUAUAGCUGAAAUUUUUCCCCUCCAAUAGGGGGAAUUUUUGAUUCCGUGGUAUACAAAAAUAUAAUAUAAAGAUGUCAAAUUUUAAGAUGUGAAUUAACUAGUCAAUAUUAAGGGAUAUUUUUAAAAAUUUUGUAAUGAUUUGCCAACCAAUCAGGGUAAGCAGAUAGCUAUUCUACUUAAGACUGCCAACGAAUGCAAUACUGCAUCCUCUAUAACGAAAGGUGCUUUCAAAUCUGUGUGGUGAUCUGCUAAAAACAUGUUACUGUUAUAUUAUUUUUGUAAUAUAUGUAUAGUACUACGUAUGUACAGCAAAUAUUAAAUGCCUCAAAUACGUAUAUUUAAUUGUUCGUAUCUCUGCAUACUCCAAUGUAUUGUUAUCAAUUUUCAUUUAAGAGGCUUACAUCUAUGUAACAAGUUCCGUUUGUGAAUGCUAUAGGAUUCUGGUUUUUAUUAAUAAAAUAACAUCCUGUAUA